UCAAGUUCACGUUAAAAACUCGGCAUCUAGGGCUUUAGCAACAAAGGCGACAGACGUUUGACAAAAGUGACGGUUGGAUUAGCAAUUUUUCGACAGCUAUAAUUUCUAAAAUGUCACCUUUACUUGCUUAAGAUAUUGUAACAGUAACUUUAUGUUUUGAACGCAGUUGUUUUAUAAGUCAAGUGCUUUACGAGUGUUGCGGAAUGUCACGUUUGUUGUACCGUUCCCUAGCAACGAACUGAGUAGCUGCUUUUACAUUUGAAAGCAGCGUUUUCGCAACUCUACCAACAAUGUCUGAAGCCAUCUACCCAGCAGGAAGCGUCUACGACUGGAUCCCAAAGGAGCAAGAGGAAAUUAAAAAACCUCCAAGAUAUGUAUCCAAGUUCAGGCCAGCUGUCAUUCUUGAAGAGAAGCUAACCAAAGAUGCGAAGAAGACUAUGGGACCACCAAAAGUAGAAUUGCCAUCUCCGGAUAAGUACCUGAAAAAACACUCGAAGCAUCCCAAACCACCUGAGAAGUCUGAAGAUGGACAUAAGACUCGGACCUGCGCAGUGAGGAAGCCAAUGGUCCCUAGGCGGACUGACAAACCGCUGAUGGGGAUCCAGACUAAAAGAGAUUUCCUACAGACUACUGUGAUGUUUCCCAUGAAGCCUAAAGCCAUUUCUGUUGACACAAAGAAAGGACACAAACAGCUCCUGGAAAACUCUGGACUUGUCCCUAAAUAUAUCAUGAAAAAGGAUUACGGUGAAGUACCAACGUAUCUGCAGCUGCGCAGUGAAGCCGAGCGGAAGGCCCAGGCGGAGUACCAGCGUCUGGCAGGGGAGCAGAAUGUGCUGGAGCGGCUAACGGAGGAGGAUCACCAGGCCGUCCUGAAGGGCCUGAAGAAGAAGUGGGAUGAACUCCACCGUGAAUAUCAGGGCCUUCCGCUCAUCAUCGACACGCCGUCAAAGAAAACCCGGAAGAUCCGCUUGGAAGAGAAGAUGAGUCAACUGGAGAAGGAUAUCAGCUUCUUUGAAAGGUUCAAAACCAUUUUUAUUUACGAUGAUUAGGGACGAAUGGUUUUGGUUCCUCUCACCAGUAGAGGGAACUGCUGCAGAAAAAUGUUGGUGUGUGAAUUUCCAAAAUAUCUUUAAGAAAUUAGAUACGUUGUUGUUUUAGCAGUUUGACUCUCCACAUUGAGGUGAGAUAACUUUGGUUACGUUCACACAGCAGGGAAACGCGACCCGUAUCCGACUUUUUCAGUCUUUUUGAAAUGGAUUUCUGAUCCGAUUUUGAAUCAGAUUUGUUCCACUUUCAUGCUUUGUAAUAAUUCAGAUUCUGAUUGUUUUCAAACUGUCUGCAGUCUGGACAGUCAUGACACAUUUUACCUGACGUUCAUGUCAUUGAUGUGAGACAUGAGUCAUAAAAAUGCCAGACGCAUUAAAUCAAACAAGGACUGUAAAUUAUAAUUAUGAAAGAAGUCAGUUUUCAAAUCACAGUCACACUUUGACUUUGAUUAUGAAUUUAAACAUACUUCAAAAAGCCAUUUCUGUUAGCUGUGUUUUCUUUUUAUGAGCUUCCUUCGUGUUUCUUAAUAUGAUUAUGUGACGAUAUUGUCAGCUGUUGUUGCUGAAUAAAUGUUAAGGGGACAAUAUUAUGUAAAACCGACUUUUUUGAGCUUUAAAUCAUGUUAAAAUGUCAUUCCUUCAUCAAAAACAUGGAUAAUUGCUUUGAUUCUUUCAUUUAUGUUUGAGAAAUCCUUGAGUCUCCAUCGCAACUAUUCAGCCGUGCUAAAAGCCCGGGUGGACUUAGCCCCGCCUUCGAGUUUCCGCCUCACAGAGCAACCCUGUCCCAUUCAGCUCCUUCAGACUAGCCAGCAGCAAUUGGCAGACAUCUGGUGGAAAUAUAUGUAGCAGAUAUUUCUCAGUGAAAUGCUGGUAAAAACAUGGUUAAAGGGGUAAUAGAGGAGCCAUGUUGUGAUGACUUCCUAAAGGCGGAGUCUCAGAAAGAGCAGAAGCUUCUUAAAGAGACAGAGGCCCAAUUUCAAGUCAUUAAAUUACAACGUCAAAUUUAUCUUAAGUCAUAUUUGAUACAAAUAUCAUUUUUAUAGCAACUGAAGUUAACAUAGUUACUUGAUUGUGCUAUAAAAUGAAACUAUGUGCCUGGGAAAGACAUAAAAGUGCCAUUUUAAAAUCAAUGCAUGAACGGCGGUGUCUGUUUUUACUCCGGUAAACAGAGCGGUGCUGCGUCACAAUUUUCUUCACUCCUGCAGGUCGGUUUGGGGAUGUAAACCGUUCACUCACAAGUCUCAUUGUGGUUUAAUUAAUAGUGCGCAAAAACAACCAAAUUUCAGGAACAAAAUCUAAAGUGAUUACCAAAACCUGCUGUGUGAAUGUAACCUCUUCAUGUUUUUCACAUCAAAAUGUAACUUCUGAUUCUUUCUGUUUCUUUUCACUUACCUUUAAAUAAUGGUUUUAGAAAUAAACAAGUCAUAUGUGUUGUUUGGUAUCUUUUUUAAAAAAGAUAUGAAUAUACAUCUUUAUAUCUUAUUUUUAGAUGAAGGUAAAAGGUGUGACAACCAACCUCGUUCUUCUCUAUAAAUUUUCUGUAUUUUUGCAGUUAUUUUCUGAUUGCUAAUGCUGUGCUACAAAAUAAAUGCUACUUU